AUGGCUUCUACUCCAACCCCACCACCAAAUCCUAGACCUGCUGAAAAUCAUAAUCACAAUCACCAAAAUAGCCAUAAACGCCAUAGAAAUGAUUGGUCUUCCUCCUCUGGGAACUAUUCCAACUCAAGGUUUGCAUCAUUAGCUCCUGCUAUAGUUGCUGCACAUGGUAGUGGAAGAGGUGUAUAUUCGUCUGCGCCGGGAUCUUUAUUGGAUGGCAGGAGAUCAAAGCUGGUUCCUGAGUUUUCUGGCAGGAAGUCCACCAGGUAUGCUGCCAAGAGACAUUCUGAAAUGCCAAGGGCAGCACUUAAUACACUGCCUCACAGCGAAGCUGCCAAUGAGAUUCUUACUUAUCUCUACAAUGCUGGUAACAUUGUUACUAAUAUAGAUAAUGUUUUGAUUUCAAAUGAACAUAGGCUAUGGGAAGUUGAGGAUUGUAUUUAUAUGCUUAAAAUUUUUGGUAAUACUGGUCAGUUAUUGUUAGCUGAGAAGUGUUAUCAAUUUAUUAUGAGUAAGACAAAUGGGAGGGUUGCUAAAGGUAAGUUAACCAGUGCUAUGGUUGGUACUCUUGGUAGGUUAGGGGAGAUUGAUCGCGCUAUAGACUUGUUUGGAAAAUCUAGGAUUGAAGGUUAUGGAAUGACCGUGUAUACGUUUUCGGCCAUGAUUAGUGCGUGUGGCCGAAAUGGGUGCUUCCCUGAUGCGGGGGAGGUGAGUUUUGAUGUAGUUGUUAAGUAUUAUGAUGAAAUGCUAGCUGCUGGCAUAAUGCCGGACCGUCUUACUUAUAAUUCACUUCUUUCUGUUUGCGCCUCGAAAGGCAUGUGGGUAAUGGCUCAAAAGUUAUUGAGAGAAAUGGAUGGUAGGCAUAUUGUUCGCGAUGUGUUUAUGUAUAACACGUAUUUGGACACACUAUGUAAAGGCGGACAAAUUGAUUUAGCUAGAAGGGUAUUCGAAGAGAUGUCUUUCAAGUGCGUUUGGCCAACCAUUGUGACAGUGUCCUAUAACACACUGGUCGGCAUCUAUACGAAGCUCGACAGGUUUGAUGAAGCUGUCAAUAUAUGCAGAGAGAUGGACGGAUGUGGAAUUAAAACUGACGUCGUUACAUACAACGCUCUGUUGGCCGGGUAUGGCAGGCAUGGUAUGUAUGCUGAAGUUAGAAGACUGUUUGAAGAGAUGAAGGCUCGGAACAUAUAUCCCAAUACACUUACUCUACAAUGA